AGGGCGGCGGCCCCGCCUCCUUCUUGCCGAGCUAGCGUCGGCCGAGCAGCCUGCUGACUUCGCGGUGGUUCCCCUGCUUCAGCGCGCUGCAGAGCCUCCUCAGGUCUGGACAAGAUGGCAACCCUUAAGGAGAAGCUCAUUGCGCCAGUCGCAGAAGAGGAGACAGCUGUCCCGAACAAUAAGAUCACUGUAGUAGGUGUUGGACAAGUUGGUAUGGCAUGUGCUAUCAGCAUUCUGGGAAAGUCUCUGGCUGAUGAACUUGCCCUUGUGGAUGUCUUAGAAGACAAACUCAAAGGCGAGAUGAUGGAUCUGCAGCAUGGGAGCUUAUUUCUUCAGACUCCGAAAAUUGUGGCCGAUAAAGAUUACUCCGUGACAGCCAAUUCUAAGAUCGUGGUGGUGACUGCAGGGGUCCGCCAGCAGGAGGGGGAGAGUCGACUCAACCUGGUGCAGAGAAACGUCAGCGUCUUCAAGUUCAUUAUUCCUCAGGUCGUCAAGUACAGCCCCGACUGCACCAUCAUUGUGGUUUCCAACCCAGUGGACAUUCUUACGUAUGUCACAUGGAAACUGAGCGGGCUGCCAAAGCACCGUGUGAUUGGAAGCGGGUGCAAUCUGGAUUCUGCUCGAUUUCGCUACCUCAUGGCCGAGAAGCUGGGCAUUCAUCCCAGCAGCUUCCACGGAUGGAUUCUGGGCGAACAUGGAGAUUCCAGUGUGGCUGUGUGGAGUGGGGUGAAUGUGGCAGGAGUCCCCCUCCAGGAGCUGAAUCCAGAAAUGGGAACGGACAAUGACAACGAGAACUGGAAGGAAGUGCAUAAGAUGGUGGUGGAUAGUGCCUAUGAAGUCAUCAAGCUAAAAGGCUACACCAACUGGGCCAUUGGCUUAAGUGUGGCCAACCUCAUUGAAUCCAUGCUGAAAAACCUAUCUCGGAUUCACCCCGUGUCUACGAUGGUGAAGGGCAUGUAUGGCAUUGAGAACGAAGUCUUCCUCAGUCUUCCUUGCAUCCUUAAUGCUCGGGGGCUGACCAGCGUCAUCAACCAGAAGCUGAAGGACGAGGAGGUCGCUCAGCUCAGGAAGAGUGCAGACACACUCUGGAACAUCCAGAAAGACCUAAAAGACCUGUGACUGCCAGGUCCUAGGCUGUAGAAAUACAAACCUCCAAUGUGACUAACCAUGAACCUUUAGUUUUUUGCUUCUUCCCUGACAUGUGAUAUGAGCUCACAGUUCAAAGCCCAGGCUUGUUUGAUGUUUGCACUUGGAGCUCCUGAACAAAUAAAGUUAUCUAUGGCAGCAUA